AUGGCUGUGUCAGCAGCGGCAAUCCACCUGUCACUCAAGUGGCCACACCCUUACUCUUGCAAGUUGAUUGAAGGUAAUGAGGAGAGAGAAGAAGUGAGUGAAUCUGAGGAGAAGAAACCAUACAAGUGUUCACACUGUGGCAAGGGAUUCAGUCGGUCAGGAAUCCUUAAAACACAUGAGAUGAUCCACACUGGAGAGAAACCUUACAAGUGUUCACACUGUGACAAGACAUUCAGUCAGUCAUCACAUCUGAAACUACAUGAGAGGAUCCACACUGGUGAGAAACCGUACACAUGUGAUCAGUGCGGGAAGAGUUUCACAGUAAAAGCAAACCUUACAUCACACAUGAGAAUUCACACUGGAGAGAAACCCUACAAGUGUUCACACUGUGACGAGAGAUUCAGUCGGUCAGGAGACCUGAAAACACAUGAGAGGAUUCACACUGGAGAGAAACCUUAUAAGUGUUCACACUGUGACAAGAGAUUCAGUCAGUCAUCAAAUCUGAAAACACAUGAGAAGAUUCACAUUGGAGAGAAACCUUAUAAGUGUUCACACUGUGACAAGAGAUUCAGUCAGUCAUCAAAUCUGAAAACACAUGAGAAGAUUUACACUGGAGAGAAACCUUAUAAGUGUUCACACUGUGACAAGAGAUUCAGUCAGUCAUCAAACCUGAAAACACAUGAGCGGAUCCACACUGGAAAGAAACCAGAGUUUUAG